GUGGCAUCACGUAAACGCAAUGCCCACGCAGCCGUCAACGCCGCAUUCAACCUGAGCUUCACCCCCAGCGGAGUGUGUGUGCGUGCUCUGAUACUCUUCGGCGGUGUGUGCGCACACAAGGGGAUGUGGCGUGCGAAGGGCCUGGAGGCGUAUGUGUGUGGGAAAGCUCUCUGCGACGACAACACGCUACAACACGCGCUGUCGGUGCUGACGGAAGACAUACUCAGAGCGAACACGGACAUGGCGAAGGGUAGUCACACAGCUGAACCACAGGACGAGGGCAAGGAAGAAGAAGAAGAAGAAGAAGAAGAAGACAGGUUCACAUGUUUGUCGGCUGUGAAUGCGGGCAAGACACGCACACGUACACGCACACGCACAGAGAGACACGCGGAGAAGGAGAAGGCUACUGCGGGGG